UUUGAGCCAUCAAGAUGCCUCUAUCUUCUCUUCCUGCAGCUAUUUUGUCUCAUAUGAUAGCUAUAAACAAUGUGCCUCCUCCUCCACUUCACAGUUUACCAAGGUUGAAAAUGUCUAAGUACAUUGAUUAUGGCCAGUUGAAUGAAUUGUGCCAUAAGAGAGAACUACAAUCUAGGCAGAGUUCUUACAAUAUCCUGUCAGCUGACUAUAUGUUUAUAAAGCAAUACCCAAAAAUAUUCCUGAAGAGAAAAACCAGACUGCCUAACCUCUUCAAACAGGAGGAAAAAAGAGAACCUACUAAAGACAAAGAACUUCAACUGCAAAAACCUGAUGAUUCUCACAAUAUAGCUAUCCACGUAAAAAAAGCACAUGGUGGCCUUUCUUUAUAUGGACCAAAAAAUUUUGAAGAGAAGUUAGUAGGAUUACUGAAUAUUUUAAAGAAAUUGUGAGGUAACAAAGACCAAAGAUACUAAAUGACUUGACAAAGGUCAUGUGGUUGGCAGGUGUGGAAGCCUGAGAGAGAAUACAAUUUCUUAAGGUUUGAUUCUGCAGCUCUUUCAUUACCCCAUGUUUGUUCUGAAAAAGAAAAAUUUUGUGAUCA